AUGAGUGACAAAAAGGGUCCUAUUACACUGAAAAUAAUCCUCAUAGGAAACUCUGGGGUGGGAAAAUCCUCCGUCAUGAACAGAUACGUGAAUCACCGCUUCACCAACAUGUACCGGGCCACUGUGGGGACUGACUUCCUCUCUAAAACAAUCAACAUAGAUGGGGACACAGUCACGCUGCAGAUCUGGGACACAGCAGGCACAGAGAGGUUCCAGUCUCUGGGUACACCUCUGUACAGGGGAGCUCACUGCUGCAUGCUGGUGUUUGAUGUCACAUCCAAGGCCAGCUUCUCUGCUCUGGAUGGGUGGAGGAAGGAGUUUUUGAUCCAAGGGGAACCCAAGGAUCCUUCUGAUUUCCCUUUUAUUGUUCUGGGCAACAAAACGGAUCUGAGCGACCGAGAGGUGUCUGACAAGCUGGCCCGGCAGUGGUGCGAGGAAAUUAGAGCUGAAUACUUUCAAGGAAGUGCCAAAGAAGAUCUGGAUGUAGAGAAGUCGUUUUUGAGAGCGGCUCAGCGUGGCUUACAGCAGUACAAAAAACACACAUUGGAAAAUACAGGACAUUUCCAGAUAACCUGCAAACAGCCGAGAGAAACUCGCAACACCUGUGAGUGCUGAGAGGCGCACUCGUCCCAGUGUGGAAGGGGAAAGUUCAGAGACCUCGGCACUGCUGAUGAGGACCUAUCUAACGAGGGUGCAAAAAUAGUGACCCAGCAAAGGUACUGUGGAAGGAAAGGACACAAUUGUAUACCACAUGGAGAGAGGAACAAACUCAUUAAAUGUUUUUUCUUCUUUUUUUUUUCUGAGAACCUUCAGCUUAUGGUCUAACUUAAGGCAUCACUACUAAAAUACACUGCUUUUUGCAUGCAUGUCUAGUUUUGUUCAACAGACACACCGACACACACAAAAUUAUGAAUGCAUAUGAAGAGAAAGUUUUCAUUUCUAGAAAGUAAUCGGGAGAAAUCACAAACAGAACCCGAGGUACGGGCCAGAGAAAAAGCGGCAAACCCGGGCUCUCAUCUUCCUGGCCGUCGUUACCAUCACAACUGAAUCCACUCCUACAAAGUAGAUAUACACUCAUGUCCAGUCAGAAACCUCCUCCCUGUACAAGUUUUGUAUUGUAAUGAACCUAGCAGUGAUUCGGACUCCUACAGUGAAUCAGCUUGACAGAAGCAAAUUAGGGAGACUAUAUAUAUUUAUAUAUAUAUAUACGUUUCUUUUAUAAGCAAAGACACAAAAGGCAAUCAAGAGAUGACCAACAUGUAAAAACAGUUUGUUACAGGUAAUUAUAUAAAAGGCCAAGAUGUUUCCUUUUUUUUUGUUUUGUCUGUUUUUUUUUUUUUUUUUUCAUUCUUGCUCUAUGAACGAACUAAUUUACAA